AUGUGUGUGUGCAAUUUGGGUGAGGGGAAGCACUCGCUUCUCAAAGGGUGGGGGGAAUACCCACAGCACUUGGCAGCAGCAGCAGCAGGAACAGCAGCAGUAGUAGCAAUAGACGCUCUCGGAGGAAAGGAGGAGAGGCAAUGCUCUGAUGGGUACUAUGGAGUUUCAAAAAGACUCCAGUGCAGUAGCUCUAGAAAUGCUUCUCAUAGUCCAGCCUGAGAAGAGGAAGAUCGUGCAGAGGUUGCAGAUAGACACACAGACAGAGAGCCAUACUUCACACCAAUGUCAAGGCUUUCAAGGAGAUGGCAAUGGAAACAACAAACGAGAGCAAUGCCGAGGAAAGGACCUUCAUGGCUGUGCAGCUCAGAUGCAGCAGGUCAUUACUUCCUGCUCAGCCCAAGGAACUCAUGUGACAGUAGAGGUACAUGCUAGAAAUUCCACCCCACAAUUAUUCAAGAAACUCUCCUUUGGGAAAGGUUUUCAAGAGAAUGGAAAACGCAGACCCCGUCCACCUGGCUUGAAAGACCAACACGUUUACCCAUGGGACAAGUCUUGCUUGAAAUCCAUGCCUUUUGACCUGAAGCAAUUUGAGAAACUGGAUGCAUAUGCAAAAAAGGUAACUGCUAAGAGUAGUGUGGAGGAGCUGGUGAAAACCUUGGUCCGUGUAGCACGUACUGACCUGGAAAAAGUAAGGGCCAUUUGGACAUGGAUAUGCCAUCAUAUAGAAUAUGAUAUUGUGGGUUUCUUUAACAAAGACCAGCAGUCAUUCAAACCCAAGGAUGUCCUUCAGAAUGGAAAGAGCAUUUGUGAAGGAUAUGCCGGGCUCUUCGAACAAAUGUGCAGUAUUGCAGGAGUGCAGUGCAUGAAUUUAUCUGGUUAUUCCAAAGGCCAUGGCUACAAGACUGGGCAGACCUUUACAGGAGAGUACGACCAUGCCUGGAAUGCCGUUUACCUUGAUGGACGGUGGCACUUGGUGGACAGCACAUGGGGGAGUGGCUCCAUUGACGACUGCUUCAGCAAGUUUACCUUCAGAUACAAUGAAUUUUACUUCCUCACCCACCCUGCCCUAUUUAUUAAUAAUCAUUUCCCAGACAACAGCAACUGGCAGCUACUCAAACCAACGGUGACAUUAAAACAGUUUGAGAGCAACAUGUUAUACAAGAGUGACUUUUACAAGAUGGGACUGCUGGCAGCCCAUCCAGAAACACCAAUUAUUCGAACAGUAAAUGGGAAAGUAGCAGUGGAGGUGGAGAGCCGUUCCCCAAUGCUGUUCAUGUGUGAGUUGAAAGGGGCGAAGGAGUAUAGCUUCAUGACUCUGAAGAGGAGUGGGAUGAAUCUGGAGCUCUACCCACAGAAGACAGGGAGUCAUCAGUUACAGAUCUAUGCCAAACCAUCCACAGGAUCAGAUGAAGUCUACAACUGUGUGCUAGAAUACACCAUAGAAUGCAGUGCUGUAGAUGGGAAUGCGUGCUUUCCAAAAGAACUCCAUCAACCUGUUGGACCCAGCUGGUUUACAGAGAGGCAAGGGUUCCUCAAGCCCUCACAUAAAGGCCCAAUUAUUCAUACCAAUGAUGGACGCUGUGACUUCAGCUUCAUCCUCAGUAAAGACUUGAGUGUUUUAGCCUCUCUGCAUUCAGACAACAUAAGCUCCAGUGAGGACACAAGGAGACGGCAUAUCUUGCAAGUUUGUCAAGGAAAUCAAGUAGCCUUUAAGAUCCAUCUUCCCCACGCAGGGAAUUUUGCUUUCAAAAUUUUUGCUAAGAAGAAAUCUGAUCCGGGCAAUUAUAACUAUGUCUUCAACUACCUCAUUUGUUGCCCAAACACCGAGGUAAAGUGGCCAGUCUUUCCCCAAAAUUAUAGCAAGUGGGCAGAAGGCUACGAGCUACUGGAGCCUCUAGCUGGAUUGCUACCAGCCAAGCGCAACGUCAAGUUUAAACUCAAGCUUCAUAGCAUUGCCAAGGCGUUUGUUCAAUGUGAAAAAACCUACCCCUUAUCUCUGAGUAAGGAUGGUUACUGGGAGGGAUCUUGUAGCACUUCUGGCUGUUCAGAAGUGUUUGUGAUGGUGCUGGAGAAUGCUAACCACAAGUUCUACUCACACAUUUUGAAGUAUGAAGUAGAACCAUAGUAAGAGGCCAUUUUUACUCUUCUCAUAUGCCCACAUGAGCAACAGUCUUUGAUAUAACUACAGUCCAUACCACACUGAGCAAUUCCUUUCACCAUAAAGUUUAGUGACAAUGCUCAGUCCUCCAAAGCAGCAAAAUAGUAUAACUUGAUCAAAACUCACUUUAUGGCCUUUCGUUGGUAUUAUAUAUUGAGUGAAGUUUGUAGCAAAUGUAGCUUCCUUACCCAUGUAAAGUCAGACAAGACUUUCCAUAUAAAUAAUGUCAAGAUA